AUGGUUCGCUCUCAGCCUGUAGUUGUUUUCGGACUUUUCUUGCCGUUCGUUUUUGCGAAUUUCGAUUCACAACCAAUACCUAGUACAACUUCAACCCCAUGUACCACCAGCACUACAUCCACAGCGCCCACAUCGACGACACCAACACCAACACAACCUUCAGAAACUCCAUGUACCACGUCGUCUGAAACUUCUUCGACGGAAGUUCCGUCAGAGACUCCAAGUACCAGUGAGACUUUGCCAAGUGAAACUUCGUCAACCGAGACUCCUUGUACCACAAGUGAAACCCCGUCAAUUGCAGCCUCAUCGACCGAAACUCUAUGUACCACAUCAACCGAAGCUUCUUCUUCAGAGACUUCAUGGACUUCAUCGACCGAAACUCCAUGUACCACUUCAAGUGAAACUUCGUCAGGUGAAAUCACUUCGAGUGUGCCAAGUUGGUCAUCUGAAAUUUCAACGUUAGCUUCUUCGUCUGAGACUCCAUGUACGACUUCGUCUGAGACUUGGUCGUCUGUUGUAUCUUCUUGGACUGUGCCUACUUCGUCGGAGACUCCAUGUACCACUUCAAGCGAAAGCUCGUUGGCUGGAAAGUCGUCGAUUGUGCCUUCCUCGUCUGAAAUUUGGUCAUCAACUGUAUCUUCAUGGACUGUGCCUACUUCGUCGCAAACUCCAUGUACCACUUCAAGCGAAAGCUCCGUUGCUGGAAGAUCUUCGUCUGAGACUUGGUCAUCUACUGUGUCUUCAUGGACUGUGCCUUCUUCGUCGGAGACUCCAUGUACCACUUCAAGCGAAAGCUCCGUGGCUGGAAAAUCUUCGUCCAUCCCUGCUUCUUCUGAGAGUUGGUCAUCUGUAUCUUCUUGGACUGUGCCUUCUUCCGUCGGAGAGUUGGUCAUCUGUUGUAUCUUCUUGGACUGUGUCUUCAUCAUCAGAAACUUCAUGUACCACUUCAAGCGAGAGCUCCGUUGCUGGAAGAUCUUCGUCUGUGCCUUCUUCGUCUGA